CAGCGCCGCGACGCACGCACGGCUGCGCCCGCACAGAGCGCACAGAAGUGGAGGGAAACGGCUCGGCUCCGCGGAGGGGAGGGAAGACCGCGACGUCUCUCCGCUUUUCUCGCUGUUUUCCACUCGGGGAUGUGCUGUUUUGUGAGAUAAGAGCGGCACAGACGAGGACCCGGCGGACUUCCCUGGAUAUUGGGAACGCCGCUGCCUCCAUUCCGCUGUGCGGGUCCGGAGAGGAGAGGCUCCACGGCGGUCGCCACCGGACAAAACCACCGCGGAAGAACCACUUUUAUGUAUUUCAGAGCAGCUUUAAUGAAGAAGCAGUUCUGCUAACAUUCUUGCAGGAGGGACCCUCUUCAACAAGUAUGGGGUCACCAUGGAAACCAUUUCUCCUCUUGUCUGUCAUCAGUGGCCUUUCAGAAAUUGCGAGAGCCGUUGCUGCGCGGCCGAUCUCGUACGCAGCGGUGUUACGGAUGCGAUCGGACAGCUCUUCGUCGGCGCUCAGCUCGCGCGGCAGACCUCGACCACAGCACAGCGGCGGGCUGGCGGCUCCUGACUGGCCUGCUUUCUCCAGCCACCCCCUGUCAGCCCUCAGUCUGCUCAGCAGCUCUCAGGAGGACUACAGGAGUGAAGAAAGUGAAGAAUUCGGUCCUGUUUUUAUCCAAGAGCCAGAUGAUGUGAUAUUUCCUUUGGAUUCUGAUGAAAAGAAAGUGGUGAUGCACUGUGAGGCACGAGGGAAUCCGCCGCCCACAUACAGCUGGCACAUCAAUGGGACAGAAGUGGAUCCAGAAGCAGAUUACCGCUACAGCUUCAUUGACGGGAACCUAGUUAUUACUAAUGCCAGUGAAAUGAUUGACUAUGGGAAGUACCAGUGUAAGGCAGAAAACAGCUUUGGGACUGUCCUGAGUCGAGACGCUCUGUUGCAGUUUGCAUAUCUUGCUGCCUUCAGCCCAAAGGCCCGGGGUGGCGUUUCUGUGCGGGAAGGCCAGGGCGUGGUGCUGAUGUGCACCCCCCCUCCUCAUUCACCAGAGAUUAUCUACAGCUGGGUGUUUAAUGAGUUCCCCUCGUUUGUCGCCGAAGACAGCCGACGCUUCAUCUCCCAGGACACGGGGAACUUGUAUAUCUCCAAGGCGCAGCCCUCAGAUGUAGGAAGCUACAUUUGUCUGGUGAAGAACCCGGUGACCAACGCGAGGGUCCUCAGUCCUCCGACGCCCCUGACACUCAAGACCGAUGGUGUCAUGGGUGAAUACGAGCCCAAAAUUGAAGUGCAUUUUCCUACAUCUGUUCUGGCCGCCAAAGGAGUCACAGUCAGGCUGGAGUGCUUUGCUCUGGGGAACCCGGUGCCGACCAUCACAUGGAGGAAGAUAAAUGGCAACAUCCCAAAGAAAGCCAGACUUCGGAAGUCCCAGGCUGUUCUGGAGAUUCCCAACAUCCAGCUGGAGGACUCGGGAACUUACGAAUGCAAAGCCGAGAAUCCAAGAGGAGGCACUGCUUUUAAAGGACAUCUGCAGGUCUACACCCUCCCUCAGUGGGUCAGAAUGAUUAAUGAUACUCAGAUGGAUAGUGGAGAGAAGCUCCAAUGGGAGUGCAAGGCCACGGGGAGGCCCCGGCCCACCUAUCGCUGGCUCCGGAAUGGUUUGCCCUUGACAUCCCAGGGCCGACUGGAGAUUCUGAACGGAGAACUGACGGUCCACAAAGUCCAGCAGGCGGAUUCGGGGAUGUACCAGUGCGUCGCGGAAAACAAAUACGGGGCCGUCUACUCUAACGCCGAACUGAAGAUUUUAGCAUCUGCACCUGUCUUCAUCCCCAACCCAAUCCGGGUCAUAGCGACUCUGGGAAAGGACGUAUCGCUGGAAUGCAAGCCGAGGGCGUCGCCCAAACCCCGGAUCACGUGGAGGAGAGGCGACCGGAGGAUUCAGCCCAAUAAAAGGAUUAUGUUGUUACGGAACAACACGCUGAAAAUUGUGAACUCCAGCCGAGCGGAUGAGGGGAACUAUGUGUGCCGGGCUGAGAAUCAGCUGGGCUCGGCGGAGAUGACGGCCGUACUGUGGGUAAAAGAGGCCAUGCGUGUGGCGCUCAGCCCGAGCCGGGUGGAGGUGACGGUCGGGGAGAGCGUGGUGCUGAGCUGCAGGGCCACGCACGACACCUCGCUGGACGUGGCCUUCCAGUGGUUCUUCAACCAGAAACCCAUCAACUUCCAGCACGACGGCGGCCACUUUGAAUACAUCCAAACACAGUCCUCAACGGUGGAUUUGAUGAUUAGGAGCAUUUUGUUGAAGCAUGCUGGGAAGUACGGCUGCAGGGCCCAGACCAGCGCCGACACCGUGUUCGCAGAGGCUGAACUUCUCGUGCGAGGUCCUCCAGGCCCCCCCGGGGUGGUAAUAGUGGAGGAGAUCACAGACACCACCGCCACCCUGUCGUGGACUCGUGGCCUGGACAACCACAGCCCGAUCAGCACCUAUAAUUUACAGGCCCGGAGCCCGUUUUCAUUAGGCUGGCAAACUGUCAAAACAGACCCGGAGCCGGUGACGGGGGACAUGGAGUCGGCCAUGGCCGUGGAGCUCAAUCCCUGGGUGGAGUACGAGUUCAGAGUGGUGGCCAGCAAUGGGAUCGGGACCGGAGAUCCCAGCGCUCCCUCCAGAGGCGUCCGCACCAAAGAAGCAGUCCCCUCGGUGGCUCCGGUGAACGUCAGCGGGGGGAACGGCCGCCGGCACGAACUGGUCAUCUCGUGGGAGCCGGUGUCCGAGGAGUUCCAGAACGGCGAGGGGUUCGGCUACAUCGUGGCAUUUCGAGCCAACGGGACCAGAGGCUGGAAGGAGAAGAUGGUGACCUCGGCGGACUCGACCAUGUACAAAUACCAGGACGAGACCUUCCCUCCCCUCACCCCGUUCGAAGUGAAAGUUGGCGUGUACAACAACAAGGGAGAUGGGCCAUUCAGCGAAGUGGUCAUCAUCCACUCGGCCGAGGGCGAGCCGAGAGAGCCGCCGUCCGAUGUGAAAGCUUACAGCAUUUCUUCCUCGGAAAUUAGGCUGACGUGGAAGCCACCAAAUCCCGGGCCUGGCAGACCGAGAGGAUAUGAGGUCAGCUACUGGAGAGACAGUGAGCAGGAAGAGUCGGGGAAAAAACAACAAACCGUGAAAAACGAAACGUCCAUGGUCUUGACAGGACUAGAGGGGAACAGCCUGUAUCUCAUCACAGUAAAAGGCUUCAACAGCAUCGGCCAGGGUCCUGCCAGUGCUGCUGUCACAGCCAAGACCAGGAAAGCCCCUCCAGCUCAGCCUCCGAUCAACCUCAUGUGGAUUCAGGAGGGAAACAACGUGUCGCUCAGCUGGGAUCCAGUGAAGGCGAAAGCCAACGAAUCCGAUGUGAUCGGGUACAUGGUGUUAGUCAGACAGGAGGGUCGGAGCUUCAACCAGGUGACAAGAACCAUCAACCCCUCCACCAUCCUGUCCCUGCCCGAGGGCGGCACGUACACCAUCGAUGUACGCGCCCUCAGUGAAGGCGGAGAAGGAGUGGUCAGCUCCCAGGUCCGAGUUGUUACCGUCGUCAGGUGUCCGUGCAAAAGCAACCAGUGCUCAGUGCACCGCCUGACGUGGACUGCGCUGCUCCUGGUUCUUCUGGUGCCUUCGGCUUCCUGGUGAGGCCACCGUGCCGUCCUCACUCCUCACGACGGGAGCCACCAGUCUCCUGCUCCCACACUCCCUCUGACUGCCUGCUCGCUUUGGCCUUACCCAUCCCGACGGGCCCGAGGCCUGCCGAAGGGGCCGCUGAACCUGCCGGUACACAUGCGGCUCUUCAGAGUUCAUCCUUUUCACUUCCCCUUUUUUUUUUAGCCCUUGAGGCCCCGGACUUUUGAGUUGCACAGCUCUUUCCAACAUCACGGUAGUGCGAGACUGUAGUGUGUAAACAUUGUGUGGAAAGAUGUGUUUCAUCGUUUAUUUCAAUCCCAACGUGUUCCUCUCGUUGACUGGCAUCUCACCCCUUUCUGACGGCUCCAAACGCUCUGGGGCUCCACAGAGCAUGAACAAUUCCUGGAACGCUGCUGUGGUAGUAAUACAGGGAUCAGCCGGCCUGUUUCUUUUCAUGACUUAUCUGCAUCAAUUUGCCCCUUGGCUGCCUAACAAGCAAUGCAGCAGAAGCUCAGUAGAGAUAAGUGCAUUGUUUUCUUAUUCACACAUUGAAGGAGGAAAAAAAA